UGUCAUCAUUUGCAAAAUAUCAAUACAAUACACUUACAGCUGGGAACUCGUAAGAUUUUUAAUAAAUUGGUUUUAACUCCAAUAUAUGGUAAUUAGAUACCAAAAUGGAUAUUACGCCAUUAUUUAGAGCAUAUAUAAAAACUGUGAAGACUCGGAAUAAGGCCUUUGGCAUACAAAGCCCAACGAGCGAUGAUAAACAGCGUAUUCUUCGAACUAAGCCAAAAACGGCUUUCAUGAUAACUGCGAAAGACAUAACUUCACAAAUUACUAGAUUACGAGACUUUUUACUAGAGCAUCGUGAAAAAUACUUGAGCUUCUACGACAAUGUGGUUGCUGAAGAAAUGACGGAUGCAGAGAGGGAUCAAAUAGAUACAGGAGCGCAAAGGAUAAUCAAUACAUGCUCUCACUUGCUAAAGGAGUUUAGGAAUGAUAACCGAAAGGUAACAGCAGCCCCUCAGAUGAAAGAAUACAUGGAAGCUGUGGCCGACCUCAUAGAUAUGUACUUGAAAGCUGUUUGUAAGAUUCACAGCGAGCUCAAAGCUCUACGGGUAAAACGAACUCUAGUCAUGCGAAAACUAUCGCGGUUGGAGCUUCCACAAACUAAAUCGACUAUUCCAAACCCCUUUAUCAUGGGUAAAGUAGCAGAGAAAGAUAUUGAUAAAGUUUUAGAUAAAGACAUCGAAGAAGUGGAGGAACCUGACACAGUGAAGAAAAUGGAUCUCUGUGAAAAUGAUGUCGCAGUAUUGGCUGAUGAAGAACUUAGUGCUGAAGAGCUCCAGAUGUUUGAGUCGGAGAAUGUGCAACUCUUGAAUGAGCUGAACAGCAUGACUGAGGAAGUUAGGGCGAUAGAAAGCAAAGUCCUACACAUUGCUGAAUUACAGGAAAUAUUUACUGAAAAGGUAUUACAACAAGAACAGGACAUAGACAGGAUAUCUAACACCGUAGUUGGCUCUACAGAGAAUGUAAAGGAUGCCAAUGAACAAAUAAAGCAGGCUAUACAACGAAAUGCGGGACUUAGGGUUUAUGUACUAUUCUUCUUAUUAGUUAUGUCAUUCAGCUUAUUGUUCUUAGAUUGGUAUAAUGAUUAAAUAAUAAUUAUGUAUUUAUUUA